GAUCAGUUAUUAAGUAUAAAAAGAAUAAUGUAAUUUCAACUUAAUUAGAAAAUAAAAUAAAAAAAUGUUAAAACAAACCAUCUUAAAAAAUUCAAACCAUUAUAUUGAAUGGUUGGAGAAAUCAAUUAUCGAUGAACAUAUCAACUUCUAUGAUUAUUCAGGCUUCAAAAAUAUUCAACCAAUAGGAAGUGGUUCAUAUGGAAAUGUCAAUCGUGCUAAUUGGAAAAAUACUGAUCAUUUCUUCGCCUUGAAAUCUUUUAGUAAUGAUAAACAAACUCUUGAAGAAAUCGUGAAAGAGUUAAAGAUACACCGAAGUGUUGAUGUACAUGAAAAUAUCAUACGGUUAUGUGGAAUCACAAAGGUAGAAAUUAGCGAGAUUCAGAAAUAUUCUUUAGUCUUAGAAUACGCUGAUGGUGCAAUUAAUGAAUUUAGCUGGAAUGAUAAAUUCCACUUAGCAUUGCAACUGGCUACUGCUGUAGAAUUUUUGCAUGAUAAUGAUAUUAUUCAUCGUGACCUGCAUGGAAAUAAUAUACUUAUACAUCAGAAAAAUAUUAAAUUAGCAGACUUUGGUUUAUCAAAAAAAAUUAUUGAAGCAUCAAGUGAUAUAUCAAAAGUACUUGGAGUAUUACCAUAUGUAGACCCAAAAAGUUUUGAUGACAAAGAAAAUUAUAAAUUAAAUAAAAAAUCCGACGUAUACAGCAUUGGAGUUUUAUUAUGGCAAAUUUCAAGUGGAUAUAGACCUUUUCGUGAAGUUGAUUACGGUCUAAGUUUAAUGUUAUCUAUAUUAAAUGGUAAAAGAGAAAAAAUUAUUAAUGGAACUCCCGUUGAAUAUAGUAACUUAUAUAUAGCAUGUUGGAAAUAUGAACCAAAUGAACGCCCAAAUAGUAUGCAAGAAGUUGUUUUAACACUUAGAGCAACCAUUUCUCCUGAAAUUAUUAUUUAUAAAAUCAAUGAAGACAAUGUUUCAUUGGAAAAAUAUAAACCAAAUUCAGAAUCAAGUAAGUUUAAUAUUAAAUACUAUGCCGAAUCUAAAUACUAUGUCAAAUCUAAAUGCUAUAUCAAAUACUACAUCAUUAAGCAUUAA